AUGUUUAAAUUAGGUAGAUAGAUAUUUUGUUCAGCAGAAAGAAAUGCUUUUUUAGCGAAAAAAAUAAUUGCAAGCUUUUCUGAGAAGACUGCUGAAGAAGCAGCAAAGAAAAAAGUUGAUUAAAAAAAUAAAGAUUUUUAAACAGUUUACAGAAUUAUUCACCCAGAAAAGAAAGGCUUUAUAUUAGCUGCUGUAACUUCAGCCAUAUCUAGUGGCAUUUUUAUGCUUUACCCUAAAUUAAUUCCUCAGCUUUCAGAUCUUUACGCUAAUAAAUAUGAAAAAAUAGAAGAAUCUGAUUCUGAUGAAUAGAAGCUAAAUAAAUAGAAAAACAACUAAAAUACAAAUAAUGCUUAUUUGAAGUUCUUUUUAACUUGGGGAUUAGUUUGUGGCGUUUCAGGUUUUUUUAAUUUUUCAAGGAGAUAUAUUAAUGGCGAUUUAGGUAAUAGAAUUUCUAUUCGUCUUCGUUAGGCAAUUUAUAAUGAUCUUAUGACUAAAGAUUCUACUUUUUACUUUAAUAAAUCUGUAAACACUGCAAAAAUUAUCCAUAAAUUAAGUAAUGAUGUCUCUUAAGUCAGUCAAUCAGUUUCUAUGGAUUUAUUUAUUGCUUUUAGAGGCGCUCUAUUUAUUACAGGUGGUACAGGUUUUUUAUUAUUUUAAUCUCCCUAGCUCAUUCUACCUUCUUUGUUUGUUAUGGCAGGCUUGAGUGUAAGUUCUAGAUUCUUUGGUAAUUACUAGCGUCACUAUAAAAAAGAAGAAGCUUAUGAUCUAACUAAAACAAGUGAACAAGCACAAGAAGCUCUUUAAAAUAUCAAGCUUAUAAAAAUCAGCAAUACAGAAAUUAAAGAAUAAAUAGAUUAUUAAAGUACUUUAGCUCGUUUCUAUAACUCUUCAAAAAAGGUUUAGUAUUGGACAGGUAUGAAUUUCGGCUUUUUAGAAGGAUUUGGUCUAUACUCUUUAAUUGGUAUACUUGGAUAUGGUAGCUUUUUGAUUUCAAGCGGGCUAGCUACUCCUGAGCUCCUUAGUUCUAGUAUGUAUGCAUUCUAUGUAGGUCUUGGUGUUCGUUCUAUUGUAAACACAUACACAGAAUUAAAAAAAACGACUGGUUUAUAUGAUGGUAUUGUUAGCGUAAUUGGAACUGAUGUUACUUAGUCUUAAACAUAUAAUAAUCCAAAACUUAUUGAAGAAGGUUAGGAGUAUUUAAAGUUGUAGAGAAAUAAUGCUGAGUUCUAUUAAUAAUUAUACAGUAACAAUACUGCUACUUUGCAUUAAUCUAAACCUCCUCAUAUUACUUUGAAGAAUAUAACAUUUAAGUAUGAUGAAUAUGGUACUGAAAGAUAAUUACUCAGUGACUUAAAUAUCGAAAUAGAAAGUGGAAGUGUAGUUGCAUUAGUUGGUCCCUCAGGUUGUGGAAAAACUACAGUAUUAAACUUAUUGACAAAAUUAUACUAACCUACAUCUGGAGAUAUCCUAUUUGAUGGUCAAAGCCUUUAAGCUAAAGACAGUAAAUGGGUUCAAUAAAAUGUUUCUUAUGUUACCUAAGAACCUAUGAUUUUCUAAGACACUGUUUACUACAAUAUCAUUUAUGGUAAUUAAGGAUUUGAUACAUCAUAAGAAAAAGUUAUUGAAGCUGCUAAAAUGGCUAACGCCCAUGACUUUAUUAUGUCACUCCCUGAAGGAUAUUAAACAAAAUUAAGCGAAAGAGGAUAAGAUCUUUCAGGAGGACAAAGACAAAGACUUAUUUUAGCUCGUGCUAUUUUGAAAGACCCUAAAAUACUUAUUUUAGAUGAAGGUACUGCUAAUCUGGAUAGUGAAAGCGAAAAGGCUAUUAUUUAGGAUCUUAAAACAAUAUCUAAAAACCGUACCUGUAUCAUAGUUACCCAUAAGAUUGAAAAUUUCUUAGGUUUUGUAAAUAAAAUAAUUGAGUUAAAGGCUCCCAUAAAUAGUGAAAACAAGUUAUAAUAGGAAAAAUCUGAAGAUGAAAAGGCUAAUUGA